AUCAACUGUGAUCCCACUUACACAUCUACUUAAAAAAGUCUCCACUAACCAUCAGUAUCAGUACCAGCAGAGAAAAUCUGUGCUGAUGUCGGACAUUAAUUCUACAAACCCCAUGUCUCUGGGCCGGGGAAUCUGCAUCAUCACUGGAGCCUCCAAGGGAUUCGGACGAGUCAUAGCACAUCAAGUGUCCCGCUCUCUGGAGCCCCGCUCGGUCCUCCUGCUGGUGGCUCGCUCAGGGACUCUGCUGCAGGAGAUGAAGGAAGAGCUGCAGAGCUUCAUCGAGGGACGGCAGCUUGUGCUUCACUGCAUAACUGUCGAUUUGAGCACCAAAGAGGGUGUGGAUGAAACGGUCAGGGUGGCAAGGCAGGAAGCUGUAGAUGAAAUAGAACAUGUGCUUCUGAUCAACAAUGCUGCCUCUUUGGGCAACAUUUCCAAGUUUGAGACUUUCACCAAUCCUGAUGAGGUGAAUUCCUAUCUGUCGCUCAACGUAAGCUCUCCUCUGGCUCUGACAGCAGGGAUCCUGCAGUUGUGUCCCUGCAGGCCGGGCCUACGAUGGAGUGUGGUAAACCUCUCGUCUACGUUAGCACUGCAGGCCUUACCGUCCUGGGUGCUUUACUGCACCGCCAAAGCAGCCAGGAAUAUGAUGUUCUCAGUGCUGGCUAAGGAACAGCAAAAUGUCAAAGUCCUCAGCUACUCUCCAGGUCCAAUGGACACAGAUAUGCAGAAAGAAAUCCUGAGGGUAACUCAAGUCAAUCAUAAUCCACUGCCCUGCCAUGAGUCUGCAGCCAAACUGAUGAAGCUGCUACUGGACGAUGACUUCCCUUCAGGAGCACAUCUCGAUUUCUUCGAUGUGUGAGAUCAAUAUGAG